AAAAACACACACACACAAAAAGAGAGAGAGGGAGAGAGGCAGCUCUGGGAUCAGCUCAACUAUUUAUUUAUUUUUUUCAAUUUCUCAAUGUAAGGCGACAAUAUUACCUACGCGUACGCCUUCAUGGCUUCCAUACUUGGAUACUCGAUUUAAUUUGUUUCAUUUUCAAAUUGGAACUCAACCGACGUGGAUUUAUCGAAGGAGAUUGCUCAUCGGUUGAAUUUUUUUUUUGUUAUUAACAUUUAAGUUGGCAAACUUUAGCCACACCUAGAGCUAGCCGUAUUUUCGCCCCCACACCCCAGAAAAAAAGCAGUAUUUUUUAGUUUUUUUUUUUUUUUUGGUUUAAUUUUUUUUAUUUUUUUUGCUUUGCUUUGCUUCCUUUCUCUUGCGCUGGUUCGGUGGUGCGUUUGUUUGUGUGACGGCGAGUCCCGGCGGUGUAACCGGAGAGGGGCCUCACAGAGGGAAUGCAGGACUGCAAUGGAGCACAAUGCAAUACAGUGGUUGGGUGCUCCUUCCUGCCAGAGAGGCAGCUAUGCCUUCUAUAAGUCGGUCGGCAGCAAAAGCCAAGGCGACGGCCCCAUGCAGGUGUGGCGGCUGGGCGAGUUUUACUUUGUUCGCUGCGGGGCCGAUGAGCCCGCGUGCAUUGCUGAGGUGACCUUGUUGUGGGAAGACCAGGUGCAGCGCCACCUCCUGGCCAGCGCCAGACUCUACUUCCUGCCGGAAGACACGCCAAAGGGUCGAACCCGAGAGCACGGGGAGGACGAGGUCCUGGCCGUGUCCCGAAAGAUCGUGUUGCGGGUGGAGGAUCUGGUGCGCUGGUCGUGCGCCGAGCCGCCGGCGUGGAGCGGCAGAGCGAAGGCGGCGCCCCACGGCACCCCCGACGGGGUCCACAAACCGCCGCAGGAGAGCGACACCGACGGCAACGCAACCGACCACAAGCCACUAAAGGACAAGAGUGAAAAUGGCGCAGCUGAGUGCCAAAGCGUCAAAGUCCUCAGCUACCCACAGUACUGCCGCUACCGUUCGCUGCAGAGGCGCAUUCAGGACGGCGCCCGGGGCCCAACGUUGCAGGACGUCCACCUUCUAGCCUUGGGUGGCGUCAGGGUGUCGCCUAGCACCCGCUUGAUGUACUGCAGGGACACCUUCAACCACCCCACGCUGGAAAGCAGCGUCAGCUUCUCCUGGAACUUCCGAUGUCCGUCUCUUAGCCUCCGAGGACGACCUCGCAAGAGACGAGGCCGCGACGGCAGAGACACUCCAACAUCCGGCCAGUCGGAAUCCUGGAUUGAGAAGAUGAAGGAGAACGUGAUGGGCAGCGUGGAGGUGGGCGGCGAUGACGGCUGGCUCCCGCACCCCGAAGAGCAACUGUUCCUGGACGAGCUCUUCACCUUCAUGGAGCGUCAAGGCUCUCCCAUCCACAAAGUGCCCAAUCUCGGCUUCAAGAAAAUCGACCUCUUCCUCAUGUACUCGGUGGUCAGACGUCUAGGAGGCUACGAAAAGGUGACGUCGGAGCGCAUGUGGAAGGUGGUUUACAACGAGUUGGGCGGAUGUCCCGGCAGCACCAGCGCCGCCACCUGCACCAGGAGACACUACGAAAGGCUGAUGCUCCCGUACGAAGAGCACCUGAUAGCUGGAGGCCUGGAACUCAAAAUCCCACAGUGCAGCCUGGCCGUGAAGCCCAGAGGCAUCCGAGGGAGGAAGCCGCUCCCGAGGGGAAGAAAACCCGGACCCAAAGUCAAAGCCAAGAUGGCAGACAUGACCGCCCCCGGCGCCGGCGAGGGCACCGCGGUGGUGGUGAAGCGGGGGCGAGGCCGUCCGCCCGGCAAGCGCAACAAGGCCACGCUGAUGGCCGAGGCCAAACUGCUGGCUCAGCAACAAGCCAGAGUCAAAGCGGAGUCUCCCACGCCUCUUCUGCUAGCCCCAAGCGCCAACGGACUGACGCCAAGCAACAGCGCGCCGCAGGUGUCGCAGCCAGCCCUCCUCCCUGUGAACAUGCCCCUCGCCACGGACCCGUCCCCCAUGUCCACCCCUUUCCUCCCCUUUCCACCCAAGCCAAAGGAGCCCGAGGAUCGGGCCGGGGAGUCCGCAGCCGUCCUCCUCUCCGGCCUGCCUCGCCACUUUGUGGGCGGGUCGCUGGGAGGGUUUAGCCCCAUCAAAGGUCUGUGUCCCCUGGACGUACUGAGGAACUGCGUGGGCUUCCAGAGGGUCACAGAGAGCCCGGCCCUGACGCCCCAAGAACCGAGUCAGCCGCACAUGACUAUCUACACCUUGCAACCCAAACGCGGAAACCCGGACACGCCUCUUCCGAGCGGAGACCAGUUGCUUCCGCCGCCGGCCCGCCCGAUUCAUCAGCACCACAGCAUGUGCUCGGGGUGCAAUGUAGGCGAGGACGCCCAGAGGGGGAGUGUCCGAGAGGCCAGGAACCGCCAUCCUCUUCCCCCUCUCCGGGUCCUGCCUUUGGACCUGGACUGUAGUGUCCAAGUACGACAACUGAUGAGGACUCGUCUGGGUUCGAGUCAGUUUCAAACCUUCUCCCGCCGGCUGUCCGAGGUGCUUUCCCAGGACUUGAGCACCAAGGCGCCUUGCACGCCCUUCACGCCACCGCCGGAGCAGGCCCUGCCCCUCAACCUCAGCAAACGCUUUACGCUCAAGAGACCCGACGCGGACCCGGCCGAGCUCACUCGAUCGACCACUAACGGAACAGAGUACGAGCCGUCUCUCAAAAGAGUCAAAGCCGACUGCUCGGAGCGCCCCGCAGACUUUAGCAUGGGCGAUGGCCACGGGCGCCCCACGUCGGGGUCCACCGGAGGCGGAGGCCAGGAACUUGGAGCCAAAAGCCAGGAAGAGCCGGCAGACCUGAGCUCCCCCAGCAGGAUCAGGGCUUUCCUGCUCGGCCUGCCGCCAUUCCAAGUGAAACUGGACGAGGAUCUGAACGGGAUCAAGUUUGGCAAAGUUCCGUCGGGCUCCGAGACGGAAAGCCAGAGGAUCGUAUCGGUUAAGAAAGAAGGCGAAGCGGCGCUAAUGGAUAUGAGUAACCGCAAGUCAGAGUCCAUAACCAAACAGGUAGGAAAUGUCGAGAUGCUGAACGAGGACGUCAAGGAGGAUGGGAACGCUUUGGCGGAUAAAAUGGAGAACUUGUGCGGCCAGAUGAUAGCCAAUGUGGAAAAACGUGACGUGGACGUCUCAAAAGGCCACCCGAGCCCCGUUCUGUCCCAGGCCGGUGCUCUGGUCCUGGCUCAGCAGAGUUGAAGAGAGUCCACCCGCAAAAACGAUAUUUUUUUCUUUGCCAACAUCUGCGCUCAGAAUGUUUCCGAUCCCAUUCUUACAGUCGCGCUGACGAUUGCAAAUCAUUUCUUCCCAGUCAAACAAGAAAGAGACUUGUGACGACGCACUGCCUCGCAGCCCCACCCUUCUCAUCCAUCAUUCAGAAAGAAACAUUAAGAGCAAGAAAUUAAUUUAAGCUAAGUCGGUUCCGCUUAUUGACGAUGCUAUGCAUCGAGGCGCCGGAACGAGCAUCCGAACUAUAAGUCUGCUAGCUUCAAAUUCAAAUCGUACUCUAGUUCUGUCCAGACAGAUAUUUUCAGAUUUAAAAAAAAAAAUAAAAUCAAAAAUGUUCUCGCGAGUCUUCGCAUUAUAUAUGUAGAUUUAUCGCAAGUUGUGCUUCGUUAGUUAGCUCGACAAUACGAAGUGUACUAUUAACCGGCUUUUCUGACACGAACGUGCCUUAAGGAAGCGGCCCGCGGUUAUCGCUGGCUUCACUUUGCUUUAAAGAGAUACCUUGGCAGCGGCAUGGAAAUUCUCACAGCACGCCACCAAACAAAAAUCUCUUCUUCCCCCCCACCCCCGUGGUAUUCAUUUUCAAAAUGAGAUGGUUAUUUUUGGUCUUUUCCUUUUGAAAUCAUCCGUUUCGGGUUCAAAUUUGCACACGUCUACAGUUCUACACUAAUCACCUCCCCCACCAAUGAGUAGUGGAAGCAACGACUACUACUGACGGCUUCAUGAUGACUCGGUGCUGUUUGUUUCUUGCUAUGUAGCGGUUGCCAUAUUGUUGUUGCGCCAAAGCUGAUACUGUAUAAUUCAACACUCUAAACCUCCGCAUACACUACAAGUGUGUGUCAUAGUGACACUUUAAUUUUUUUCUUUCAAUCAUAUUUGCAGUCUGAUCAUUCUACAUGGGGGAGAAAUAUGGAUGACUUUCCAUUGUUUCACUUUUUAUUUAUUGAGUGAGCGUAGCGACGGUAGCUGUGCUGGGAAUAAAGUUGGAUUGCUAAAAGAAAAUUUUAAAGUUACCAGGUUAUGCGAAAGAAUGUGACACGAUAAGAAUAAAGUGAUAUUAUGAGACAAAUUUGUAAAUGAGAUAGACUUAACAAUGUAGAAAAUAUAGAUGGCAGAAGUUGUAUAUUAACAGAAAGAAGCUGUCAUACUUUCACGAGGGAAAUUCUAAAACAGAGUUGUCCUAAUUUUAGGAAGUAAAAGUUGGAAUGUUUUGCCAUUUUUUAGAGUAUUUUUGCAAUUCACAAGAUGAACAUUUUCAAAAAUGUUGAAAAAAAGUUGAAAUUUUACGUGAAACAAUGAGCUAAAAUAGCUAACACUACAAGAAUGCCGUAAUACACUAUUGUGAGAUUUACCAUAACCUUUUUUCCUUAAUCAUAAAAAGCAAAUUAAUCUUUUCUACUCGUAUUAUUACAAGUUUAUUCUCGGAGCAUUGAGGGUUUUCCCCUCUUGUAAUUAUAGUGCGUCUAAAAAUGAAUUAUUAACAAUUAGUUUUUUCUUUUAAAAACAAAAACUAAACUUUAUUAUGACAUUUGUUUUUCCUCGUCCAACACUAAUCCUCUUGAACUAAAGUGACAUUUUUCUGUGCUAAUCGUGAUAGCCACUUUUAAAACACACGUGCCGUUUCCAUUUGGUCUUUCCACUUGAAGCCAUUUUGUCUCGCUGACGAUGUUUUGGCUCAAGCAUGUCGCAGCAACUCACUGGGUGCCAGUUGAUUGAUUUUUUACAUUAUUAUUUUGAAGAUUCUUGCAUGUUUUAUGUUGGAUGAAACGCCACUGAGUGGGUGGGGUUGGGGUCUUGUAGUCUGAAGAGCAUGUUAAAAAAAUAAAUUAGUCUUUUUCUGUUUGCUCUUUGACUAUUUAAGCUUAUGUUAGGUUAUGAAUAUUUUCUUACAGGUUUCAAUGUUUACAUUUGAUUUAUGUUGUAUGCAUGUUGAUGUACGUAUAGCCGGUGUUUUUGCACACUCCCGCAACAUGAAUAGUUUUUAAUGGCACUGUACUUAAACAUUAAAAAGUGCCUGAUUACUUUGGAGCCAACUAAGGUAUUUCAAAAAAGAUUGGUUGGUUGACGAUCUUUACAAUUUUUCCUCCCCUUCCAUAUGUGUAUUUGUCAUAAAUGAUGGCAGCACAAGUUCAGUUACCAUUUGUUGGGGUUUUUGUUUUCCUAAUAGCAUUAAAGAAAGAAUGGCAGUGUCAGGUACCAUUCCAUAUUAACAGACUGUAUAUUUAUAAUAAAAGUAUUCUGAUAAUAAAA